GCUCAAUCCAUCUGGCCCCUCCGUCCAGUAGCGCCGUCGCUCAUCAUGGUCCUCCACGGCCUUCUUCCGAAGCCACUCGCCGCCGAUGCGGUAUCUGUCGGCCAGCUCCUCAUACAUCCCUUACACCCCGAACGUGAUGGCUUCUACUCCCAGCAAGCACAUAUCGAAAUCGACGACCUCAAUGACUACCACAUCCAGCUCCGCUACAAGGACAUCUUCUCCGUCGAUACAGAGGGCCGCUUCAUGACAAACUAUGGCGCCAAAUUCGACCUUGGCCGCAUAUACAGACAGCCCAACCUGUUGUCCGUCGGUGCUGAGCAAAUGAUCCAACGUACAAGUCAGAAUCCCGGACGAGCAUUUCGGGCGGUUCUCGAAGAUCCAGAAGCUCGGGAGUGGAUAGCUGGUCUGGCUAAAGACGGCAAAGAGUUCUAUGUUGUCGUCGGCCUCACGGAGCUUAAAAAUGCGACCUUCAAGCGUGCAAAACUCCAGGAUUCUGGUGCUUCAAGCCGUUUGAACGAGCUCCCCAUAGAAAAGGGUGCAAAGGUUCCACGAGCGGUCAGGCGGGAUUCCACGUUGGGGCUCGGCACUGAGGCCUACGUCUCCGGCGUGUUUGGCAUGGACGUUCGAAGAGUGACGGCCCGCAUCACCCGUCCGGAAGAGCCACAUUCUCUUGGGGACAUAGGAAAGAGGUGGUACUACUAUGACAUCCCCAACAGCACCAACAAGGAGCAAUUGAUGGUCGGUAUGGGUGAAGCCCUGAAGGCAAAUGAGCUCCGUCUCAUGCUCGAUCUGAGCGAGGAAGAUGUCCAGACGAACUUUGACGUCAUCAGCCAGCUGAGCCUCGAUGCAUUGAGUGCUGCUGCAAGCCCCUUGCUCCGACCCUCUUCACCAGCACUGCGGGGUCGAUCACCUUCGCCCAACCCGCAGUUUCGUGCCCCGAAUUUCCUCUAGAUUAUUCCGUUGACGACUGAAAUGUUCAGUCACGUUGUGCGAAGGAGAACGUUGGUUGUCGCGUACAGCUUCCAUGCAUGGCGAAUCAUUUUGAAGCUCUAGCAAGCUGCAGGCGGCCCUCGGAGACGUGUUGAUGAAUUACCCUUUACUGCCCUUUUCUGACGGCCUGGCAUGUCUUUCACGUCACAACAUGACGCUUUCUAUACCCAUCUCUACUCCUCGCUUCCAUGUUCUCAUCAUUGGUAUUUUCACUUGUAAUUCACUACGGAGUCAAGGCCCUACUUUUUCCUUGUCACUACAUUUUACCAUAGAUUCCUUACUUUCCAAGUGGCUACUGAUAUCUGCUUUACCAAACAACAUAUUCUAUUAUGUCUUAUAUGUCCAAGGUCAACCUCUUGUCAAACCAUUGUCUU